AUGUUCAGAAAAGACAUCCAAGAAUUCUAUAUAAAGAAUUACAUUGAAAAUAUUUACAUUGUAAAAAGACACCAUGCAGAUGGCAACGUCGAGGAGAAGAAGAGCAGCGUUCUGUACAAGAACAUCGACCAGUUUGUCCGUGUCCUCAUACAGAUAAGAAAAUACGACAAGGAAUUUAAAAAAAUAUACCUUAAAAAAGAUGGAGCAGAUGUUUCGGCGAAUUUACAGGAAUACCUAGACUUUUACGUAGGGCAGUUUGGACACAAAUUCCAUUCGUUCAUUUUGGAAUAUAAGAACAGUCUGAUUAAGGAUGAUCCAAAGCAUCAUUACAUUAUAAAAAAACUUACGAAAAAUGACAUUGAGAAGGUGGCCAAGAAUUCGUAUGCACGAGUCAUGUUCAUGUGUGACAGUGCGAAAUAUUUACUUUACUACAUAAAGAAGAGUAUUGCAAAAUUUACAGAAAUUAAUGAGAGUUUCGUGAAACUUCUGAUGAGCUAUUUGCGGGUCUCUGUGAACCCACUGAAUUUGAUUGCCCACGUGUAUUUUAAUGGGUAUAGAAGUGUACCUUGCUUGAAUCAGGCGAAUAAAAAAAAUGUUCCCAAAGGGAUUAGCGAAAAUGGGCAAAACCAGGAGAGGAAGAAAAUGUCACCCAUAAAAGACAACCCCGUGAUAGACUUACCCCCAAAGGAUCACUUCUUCUGCAACGAACUAUGCCAAUUUGUGUGUGCUUACGGGGAGUACAUCAUAAAACAUACCAUAACUAACAGCUACGUAGAAUUGUUGAAUGCGCAUGAAAUUAUCAAGUCAAAAUUGAGCGUAUACGAAUCGGCUAAAAGACAUAUUAGAAGGCACAUAGUGGAGAGAAUAUGCUCCUAUGUCCAUUUUAAGAAAUAUAAUCUAAGUGCCCAAUUUGAUGAGGAUACCAUUUUCAAUACGUACGAAGGGGACCUAAUUAAGUACCAAAAAAUAUUUAGAAGAUUCACGCAAGUUGGUAGUGGCUAUAAAAAUGUGAGCAUGUCUCACAGAGACUGUUCUUACAUUUAUGAACUCGUGCUAGCAGUAUACUUCGUGAAAAAAUGCCUCUUUCAUUUGAACGAAAAUAUCGACGCAGUUCUUCAGAUAGCCCUGUAUACUUUGUACAGAUCCGCAAAAGUUAUCAUCAUUUAUUUGUAUUUUAAUCUCCCUAGACACAUGGCUCAUUACUUCCUAAAUGUAUAUCUUCUCUUCUUUAAAAACAAAAAAAAAAAUAGUGAAGGUCAAAGCCGGGGUAAUAAGACCGCACAAAUUAUGAACAAAAUGAGGAGGACCUACAGAAACGUUCUGCAGUAUGUUGCUAAACAGGAAAAAGGAUCCAGGGGAAGUGAGGAGUAUAUUCAAGAUGGAAUGCCACCGGGGGAACCCCCUUACGAAGUUACUUCACUUGGAGGCAAAAUCAAAAUGUCGGAAAAAAAACGAUACAGUAAGAUCCUGAACCUGUUGUACUUCGAAAUGGAUGAUUACGACAAAAGAUGGGCGAACGGAAAUAGCAAGCAAGUGAAAAAAUUUGUCAGGCUCCACAUAAAUGGGUCUGUCAUACAGCUCAAAUAUAACUAUGAAGUUCUUCUAAGAAGAAAGAAAAAAUGCAAAAAUAAAACCCCUACGAAAAUGGACUCCGCAAAGGUUGUAAUAGGUACCCAACCAAUGACAAAUGAAAACGGUACUGUAUCGAACCCGAAGAAACGAAAGAACUUUAUACACCCUGAUAGAAUCGAAUACAUGAAGAGGUAUGCCCCGAUAUACAGAACCAAAUGCGGAGGCAACUCAAGAAGAGGAAAGAGUGCUCAUCAAAAUAGAGGUGUAUAUGUUAAGACAAACACAGUGAACUACUCCAUACACAACCGGGUGAUAUACAACUACCGUGGUGAUGAUAUCUACAGCAGGAAGGGAAAAAAAAGUGAUAAGGAAAGAGAAAUGACCUUGUACAAAAGCAGUAGCAGUUCCGAAAAACACAUCAUAGGAAAAUUAUUCCACUGUGUUUUAAAAAAUCUGCAAAAAGGGAAUCAACUCAUCCCAAGCAAUAUUCCUGAAAUGAAUGGCAUGGACUCAUUUGAAGAGGAUGCAGUGAGAAAGAAAAACGAAAGUAACGAUUAUGAGGAUAGCCAUUUCAGUGGCCCCAGUGAAGAAGUUUCCAAAGUUGAGGAAUCUAUUACCUGUCCUCUUCGAACAAUUUUGAACGAACACGAAAAGGGUGGAGAAACUCCAGAUUCGUGUUACCUAUCUAGAGAUGGCUCCAUAGGAAGUGAAGCCAAAAUGAAGUGUGAAGUUUUAUCCGAAAGGACACUUGAUAAAAAUAAAUCCGAAGUAAAUUCCGUCGAAACAAUGAACAGUAAGGAAAUGAAUUUAGAAAGUGAAGAAGUAACGGAAGAAAUAGGCAGUCAAGAUGGAGGGGCAACACCCCCUAAAGAAGUGGAUCACACAGUUAUGCCACACGAGGAGGAGAUUGAGUAUGCCCAGGUGGAUUCAUCCAUGGGGAAAACGCAUAGCUCUGUAGAAAAUUCACCUGCAGAAAGUCGUGAUAAAUGUAGUCAAAAGGAAGAAGUGAAUGAAGAGAUUCAAAGCGGAGAAAUCUCUACUCCCGAGAAAAUCCCAGAUGAAGUUGAAAAUAUCGAAUCUGGCGAAAAGGCUGAUGAAUCUCCCAGACAAGGUUCCAAAGAGGAAGGGCACACUGUAAAGGACGCAUUCUAUAAGGAGUCACCCGAAGAGGAAAAGAAGAAUGACAAUUCACGAGGAACAUGCUCAUCAAAGAAUAUAACCCAUACCAUUUUGGAGUUAAGGGGAGGAAGGAAACGCAUGGGGAAGGGAAAAUAUAAGAAGUUCUUCUCUAGCGACUCGUACACGACGGAUGGGUCGUCGGAUGAUUAUAACCCGCGCACGAUAAAGAAUGAAAGGCAACGAAUGAAACGGAGGCAAGCCAAGGCGAAGGACAAGAGAAAGGUGAGGACCAGGACGACAGCAAAGACGACGGCAAAGGUGAGGACCAGGACGACCGCAAAGACGACUGCGAAGGUGAGGACCAGGACGACAGCAAAGACGACUGCGAAGGUGAGGACCAGGACAACCGCAAAGACGACUGCGAAGGUGAGGACCAGGACAACCGCAAAGACGACUGCGAAGGUGAGGACCAGGACAACGGCAAAGACGACGGCGAAGGUGAGCACCAGGACGACCGCAAAGACGAAGGCGAAGGUGAGCACCAGGACAACCGCAAAGACGACCGCGAAGGUGAGCACCAGGACAACCGCAAAGACGACCGCGAAGGUGAGCACCAGGACAACCGCAAAGACAAAAGGUAAAGAAAAAUCGAACGAACAGACCAAGGGAGAGGAGGAUGGACGAGAAUCCAGGGAGGGAGACACGAAACAAACACCCAAAACGCACAGUAGUAAAACCAAAAAAAGGAAAAGAUCUCAACUCACUGAUGAGGAAACCGUUAAAAAAAAAAUAGGAAAGUCCAAUCAUUUAUCCAGUUACCCUUCGAAGCGAAACGAACUGUUAGAAGGGGAGGAGAAAAGCAGCACUACAGAAAGCGUCACGCGUAAGCAGUCCAAGGAGGAAGAAACUGGGACUUCAACCGAGGGGUACGGGGUAGCCACUAAUGGUGAACACUUGGCGGAUGAACAUAAACGCGGGUUAGAGAAAGAAUCACCGAUGAGCGAAGGUAAGCCACGAACAGAGGAAGAUACGGCAAUGCCCGGCAGUGCGAGAAAACUAAUCUUUAACGUUUCCUUGAAUGGUAGCGAAGGGGGGGAAGAGUGCACACCGUAUAAAUAUGAAUUUGACGGGAAAAACAACUGGGAUUCGAUUGUGACGAAAGGGAAGACAUCCAUUUCUGGUGAUCAUCGUGACCAUGAGAGCAGCCUCCUCUUAUGUGAGGAUAAUCCCCUAUGGAAGGAAGUGGACGAAUCUCAAAACGUGGAAGAUGCGAACAGGAAAAAUAAAAAAAUAGAUAUACCAGCGGAUAAACGCCUAGAUGAGCUACUUCGGAUAGACACCGAUAUACACCAAUUCGACAUGCCAUUCAUAUGCACACGCGAAGUAUACAUAAACGAAAGGGUAUGCGACAUUGUGAAGGAUUCAGAAGAGAGACUCAAGUUAAUAGUUAUUCACCUGUUCAAUUAUUACAUUAUCGGAGGAAUAUUUUUAAUCGACCCGUACAACAGUGCCCAAAAGGAAAGGUAUAGAAAUUUCACGAACAUACAAGAAAAUAUCAACGAUAUAGAACACACUAAAAUAUUUAAGUAUAGUAGCCACGAACUUCUUGUUGGAAGUAUAAGAAAAAAUUCAAAGAUAUCUUUACUAGGUGGGAGGAAUUCCAAAAGGGUAAUGAUAUUUAUGAAUAGACAGGGCAAAGGAUUAAAUGGUGCCACCUAUAAAUGUACAAUUAAUGGUGCAUUGCAUGCAUGCAAAAUCCAGCAUAGGUUAUACUUGGCGAAGAAGGAAAUAUUUUUCUCCUAUAUUUUGAAAACGAGAAAAAUGUUGAAGUAUAGGAAGUAUUCCGAGCAGUAUAAGAGAAGUCUGAGUAUGGAGUGCAAUACAACUGAUGUUAUAAGUGAAUACAGCCGCACAGAAAGAGGCGAAAAUAGCAGAAGCUGGGGCGGGGAGGUAUUUUUCGAAGUUUACGCCAAGGGAAAUUUGUACAUGUUCCCCGACGAGCUGCACUACAAGGUGGAUAAGGCAGAACGCAGUUGGGACAAAAGUGCGCGGGGAAAGGAAAGUGCACGAUGGGGGGUCAAAAGAAAAACCAAUAAGGGAGGCAAAAAAGGAGACAAACAGGGGGAAAUACGAGAAGCCAAACAUAACGUGGAGGGAAAGAGCGGUGAACCAAGCGAAGAAAAGGGGGAACACAAUAAUGAACGGAAAGAACAGGGCCAAGGUGAUGAACGAAGCGAAGAAAAGGGUGAACACAAUAAUGAGCGCAAAGAACAGGGCAAAGGUGAUGAACGAAGCGAAGAAAAGGGUGAACACAAUAAUGAGCGCAAAGAACAGGGCAAAGGUGAUGAACGAAGCGAAGAAAAGGGUGAACACAAUAAUGAACGCAAAGAAGAAGGCCAAGGCGAGGGACAAAGCGAACAACGCAUAUCGGAAAGGGGUACAUCCCUGCUGAUCAUGGGGACGCAGAAACAUGUGACCUCGCUCAAUGAACUCAUAAACACAUUCAUCAGAAAGGGGCAUCACAGCAUAAACGAAGAGCUAGUACUGUUCAUCGUUUACCAUUUGAUUGUAUCCCUGUUGCAGUUGCAUGUAUUGGAUGUGCUGCACGGAGAUGUCAAAAUAGACAAUAUUUUAGUUUCCAAGGAUGAGGAGCUUCUACUCCGCAUGGAGAGAAGUGGAGAAAAUAGCCCGGGGGAGCCUGCUAUCACUAGCAAGGAGGAGAUGAAAGGGGAAUCCACAAGGGAGAGCAAGCCUAACAAAAAAGGCAAUAACGGUAACAGCGUUAGUGGUGGUAGCAGCCGCAGUAGUAGUAGUAUUCGCAGAACACAUGGCAGUAGUAACUCCUUCCUGUACGAAUACAUGCAUAAUGGACAGUUAGCGAGCAACCCUAAUACCUUCCUAAGAAAUAAGUUUCCGCUAAACGUAUUCCUAAUCGAUAUAGGCAGAGGAAUUGACGUAAAGAAUUUUAGGAACUACCUUUUCUAUGGAGAGAAAAACUGUGAUUGCUACAAUUUCCUGUCUGAUGCUAUUUUUACCUAUCACAUAGACUUUAUAGGAAUCGCUCAAGUGGCUAGCUGCUUAUUAUUCUACAAGCACUUUGGGAGCAUAAAAUAUAAAUACGAUGAAAACAUAAUGGACCAAAACUACACCACCAUUAACAACCUGAAUUUGACAUACAUAACGCAUAACAAUAACUUUACGAAAAAUAGCACCACCCAAGUUAGGAAGAGGAAAAUGGACAAUCCUAAGGGUAAUAGUAAAAGUAGGUGUAAAGAAAUCGAAAGUUUUAUAAAGGUGAAGGAGCGCGCAUAUACGGAGGACGAGGAGAAGCAGGAAAAGGGGGGUAUCGACGGAAGUGUCAGCCUCGAGGGAGAGAAACCGUCGGGGAAAAGUUCUCGCAGUCCAGAGAAUGGUGCGCUUCCAGUGGAACCCCUCCAACGAAGUAUUAGCUCUGCAGUAAAGAAACAAAAAAAAUCAGAAAAGGGGAACAAACAGCCCGCCAAUAGAAACAACCCGCUAGAAAGCAUCCACUUUAUAGAUUACUCAAAACAUAUCCCCAUGGAUGACCGUUAUAAAAAAAAAAUAGACGGGUACAUUGAUCAAAUGAAGAAGAAUAACGAAAAUUACUACAUGGAAAGGGAAGAAGAAAGCAAAAUAAAAAACUUUUCCGUGAAGCUGCUAUCCAAAAGAAAAAAGUAUAUCGAUUUUUGGGAAAUUUUUUUUCAUCUUUUGUUAAAUUUUUGCAAUGUGUACGAAUUGAGCUCCGUUAAUUACAACUGCAAAGAAAUCGGUACGAAUUCUGAGAAGGCCAAUUUGUUCCACCACAAGGUGAUGAAUAAAACGGAAAAUUAUUAUUUCGACUUUUGCAAAAAUAACUGGCAGGAAGUUUCACAAGGGGACCAACCGAAGAAUGGUGUUCACAUGAAGGAGAAACUCAAUGGGCUUGCCACAACCAAUGAUAAUUUGUAUCCAGAUGGAGGGAAAGGCGAAUGUUCUAGUGGGGACAGCCACAAUAACAGUGCAGUUAGGAAUAUACACAAUACGGAUGAAGCUAAACAGGAGGUGGGUAAUCUAUUACAUCACGACAACACCACCACCGAUGAUGGCAGCCAUGCAUGUUCGAUCCAAAACGGGCGUUGUGAUGAGGCAGAAGAGGCCUUAGAAAAGCAGUCCAGGAAGGACACCCAUGAGGGCCCACAGAAAGAAAUUAACCACCAAGUGGGCAAAGCUAAAUCAGAGAGGGAAAUUACUAAAGGGAUUAUUUUACACAAACAAAAUGAACAAAGGAAUGGCGACAAAAACAGAAAUAAUAGUAAAUAUUUUUUUAUAAAAAACUCCAUUUCCAAUUUAAAAAAUAUAAAAAGAAAAAUGCAUGAAGUUAAGCACAAAAUAGAAAGGGAAAAAUUUGAGAGCAGUAACAAGGAAAAAAACGACUCCUACAACUUGCCUGACACAGUAGAAAAUGUUAACUUGAAAAGAAAAAUGAUAUUCUUUGAGAAUGAAGAGAAUAGACAAAAGUGCAGAAAACUGAAUGAUCAGAAGUACUACGCGAAGGAGUGCCGAGCGAACGACACCAAAAGGUUAACCAGGUAUGUCAACAAGCUAAUGAAGAAGAAAGCCAUUUUUGUUCUCUUGUUUUUAAAAAGGGCAAUUGAAAAAAUAUUUGAUGAUGAUAAGAGUAGGCAAGAAACUUUGCUCAGCGAACUGAAAAACGCGGCAGCUUUUUUUUGA